CUGAUUGCUAUUUGCUUUAGGUAAGUUUUAGCAGAAAAACAUCAGGAAAUAAUUUUUCAAAAAUGACAAAACUCCAAAGCAAAAUUUUCCUAACGUUUGUAUUAUUCCCACUGCAUUUGACUUUGUCCCAAAGGAACAUGUUAGAGAAGUGGGAAGAGUUUAAGAAAUUACAUGGGAAACUGUUUACAAACCAAGAAGAAGAAUACAUCAGAAGACACAUAUUCCAAAAAAAGGUGCGAAAAAUUGAGAAACAUAACGACAGAUAUAGAAGAGGUCUAGAAACGUACGAAAUCGGUUUAAAUCAGUUUAGUGACUACACGGCAGAAGAAAUCUCGAUUAAAUUACAUAGCAUGGAAAAUCAAACACUGCAGCAUGAAAACUUUCUAAAGAAACAACAAAUAGAUUUCUCCAUCGCACUACCUCUAGAAUUUGACUGGCGGACAAAGGGAAUGGUCACACCAGUAAAGGACCAAGGUGUUUGUGGAUCUUGUUGGGCUUUUUCCACAACCGGUGCAAUCGAAUCCCACUACCUGAUUUACAAAAAUUCAGUUGUGAUUUUGAGCGAACAACAACUGCUAGAUUGUGUCCCAGAAGCUGAAGGUUGUAGUGGUGGAUGGAUGUCAGACGCUUUUAAAUAUGUUGCCAAGAAUCACGGUAUUAAUCACUACCACGACUAUCCUUACGAAGGCUUGAAGAAAACUUGUCGCUAUAAUGCUACUAAACCAAAAAUUGUUAUCUGGGGAUUCGAGUAUUUGAGUCAACCUGACGAAGACAUGUUGAAGAGGAUGUUGGUUGUGAGGGGUCCCGUUUCUGUUGCGAUUGACGGAACUGGAAACUUUCCAGACUACACCAACGGAAUCUACUAUAACCCUACUUGUUCAAGAGAUACGUUCUCGCAUGCUGGGGUUAUUGUCGGCUAUGGUAGCGAAAAUGGGCAAGAUUUUUGGUUGUUGAAGAACUCUUGGGGCUCAGAAUGGGGGUUAGAUGGGUAUAUAAAAAUCGCUCGUAAUCGCGGGAACCACUGCGGUAUAGCUAGUAAAGCGAGUUAUCCAGUUUUCUAGAAGCUUUUGUCAAGAUUUUGCUGUUAUGUGUUAAAUGUCAAAUCA